AUGUAUCUUGCUCCUCUGUCAAAAAUCUUAACUCUCCGCAGCCUCCCUCUCGAUCUCUCUUUCUCUGUCACAACACUCCAUCAUCAGCCCCUCACCAUCCAUCGUCAUCAUCAUCCCAUCUUCCAUCACCAUCAUCUCCUUCCCUGCUCACCACGCCACCAGUCGCCGCAAUCUCCCUUCUCCUCCGUGAAGCUUUUCCCGACGAUCCUCUGCCACGCUGCGAAUUGCAGCGCCUCCCCUGCUCACGCGUGGUGCCGCUUCCAACAGAAGCGCACAAGAAAACCGCUACAGCCUCCCACUUUUAGUGCUCCGUCGGCGAGCCUUCUAGAUGUUUCGGCACCGACCAAGAGUCCAGCUCCAUCCUCAUUUGAGUCGUGCACCCGCUGCCAACGCCGGUCAUCGGCGAUUAUAUGCCCUCACAAACCGACGUCGCGCGCCGCCGUGAAAGCGACUUGCAGGGUCCUCGCCGUCGUUUUCCUCAGCCUCCUUCUUCCCCUUUCUGUCCUCCUCCUCGCCCGCCUCUCAAUUGCCCGCUACUUACUAUCAAUCUCCGGCGAUAAAACAACGUGGGUCCUCAAUUUACUCGUUUUUCUAGUGGCAUUUUCAGCUCUCGUCAACUGCUUGACCGGAUCUAAUCCGGUGUUGCUCAUCGGCGAACGACGUCGCAUUUGCGCCGCGUGGGCUCUGAUUUUUCUAAUGCAGGCUUGUCUGAGUUUGGGGAUUCGAGGGACAAUCGACGCUGAAAUUAACAGCUCCGCGGAGGGUAAUAAUUGGGUUUUGCUGAAAUUAACAGAUCCGCCGGUUGCGGCGGAUCUGGCAAUGAAUGGAUGGGCGGCGGCGGGGGUUGCCGGGUGGUGGUUGUAUUAUCUGACGGCGGCGGUGGGGGUGGUCAGGGCGGUAAGAGACCGGAGAUCCGAUGUAGAAGCUGGUGUCCUCCGUGAACAAAGCAUGUUAUCCAUCUACAUCUUCGAUCAUGUUUUUCUCUGA